CUUCGAUUCACCCUUCAACACCACUGCAAUCGCAUUGCGAUCACAAUUACACAGCACAACCAUGUUGCAAUAACAACGAUCUCGUUCGACCUCGCCGAAGACUCCCUGCCAUCAAUUCCCCGAAACACUCUUUACAGCCAUGAUCGAUCACUGAACAUACUCCAACCUGUCACAAUGCUCUCAACAUCGCCCCGUCUUCUCAUUCGACAUCCCUCUCCAACAACCGCCGAAUUCACAGUCACGACUCUCCGGCCGAUACCACCGGCUCUACAUACACUACUUAUCAUCUCUCGAAUUCUCCUCUCGAUCUUCGCCCUUCUUCUACUCCACACGCGCCUGACUCUACAUCCUCUCCUUGCCUACGCCCCUCCCUCUCUCCUCAAGAUCAUACCAGCUUCAUACCUCCGUGCACCAACUUCGACAGCGGCCCUUGCGCAAAACAUACCAUUAUCUGUCCUCGUUCCCGCGAGUAUAGCUGUGCUAUGGCUAUCCAGUCGAAGAGGCUACGCCAGCGAGAGCAUUCUUGUCAUGAGAGGCUUGGGUGUACAGACUAGUGAAAGUCCAGGGAGUUAUCUUGCUGGUACAGCGACGAGGUUCAUACCGACUGAGAAGAUCCAAGACAUUCUUGUCAAUGAAGCGUUUCUCGGGUUUGAGGUAAGAUACUACCUCAUUGUUAUAGUUGAGGGCGAGGAUGAUGUGGUGGUUGUGUUUCCAGGCUUGUUACCACGACGAAAGAUUGUGGAAGAAGUUUGGAGGGGUGUUCGGCGGUGUUUGUAUGAGCAAAGAGGAGAGGAUAAAUCACUGGGCUAAAAGGAAUUAUACCCACAGAGGAGCGUUUAGCACAUGGAUGUGUCCAGUGUACGAUGAUAUGAUUUAAUUCUUUAUUUAUUUUUAUACUGAAAGGCAUUGUGCGAUGUCUACUCAUCCAUGGCCUCAUCUACCUUUCGCUUUCCAAUGCCCUUCUGGUUUCGCAUAUCUUCUGAACUAGCAUACCCCUUUCUGAUAGCAUAUCUCUCAUUCUGCUCUUCAGGAGACUGCAGUUUAACUUUUUGCAGCAAUGGCACGUAGCGGCCACCCAUGCGACCACCAUUGCCACCCUCGUAGACAACUACACUGU